AUGAUGGACUACACAUUGCCUAUAGCUAGAAGGACCAGGCUUAGAGAAGCUGAAGUGUAUAAGAAAUUGCAUGAUGAGAUUAGGAAAGGAAAAAAACUAGGAAAGGAAAGCAAUGCUGCCGCUUCUGGGUCAACGAACGGACUUUAUGGGGUUCACGAGGAAAGCUUUGGUGGGUCAUCUGAAAAGGGCAGUAAGAGCCAGUCUUUAAGUUUUGAUGAUGAUCUGGCAGGUAAGGGUUUGCAUGAUUUUGGUUCGGUUGGGGUUGAGGAUUGCGAGGAGGAGAAUUGUGCUGUGCGUCCAGUUGCACUGGAUGAUAUUGAAGAUGAUGUUGAGUUUUUGGAUGAUUGUAAAAGAGGAGGCCUUAAGGAAGGGAUGGAUUUUGUUUCACUUGAUGAUAGCGAUGAUGCUCAGAGUGAGGGAAUAGAGAAUAAGAGUUUUAACGUUGGUGGUAAGAAGAGUGGUGGCGUAGAUGUGGGUGGAAGUUGUAGUGGCAUGAAAUUUGAUGCAGAGGAGAGUGGGAGGUCAAAGGUUUCUCAGUGGCAGACGAUUGUGAACGAGAGUUAUAAUGGUGAGGUUUUUGCACGUAAGAGGAACGAGGAGGGUGUGGACUUCUUUUCGAGUGGAAUUGGGAAUGAAAGCGGUGGGGUGGGUUUGAAUGGGAGGAAAACUGAUGGGGCAGCUAGGAGGACUGAGUUGCUGUCCGUGUUUUGUGAAAAGAGCAAGGAUGGUAACGGUGUUGUUGUAGUUGAUGAUGAUCGUAUUAUUUUGGAAAAGGAUGCAGCGGAACUGCAGAGUUCUUCUAGUGGAGAUGAGGAAAAGUUUAAGGAUGAUUCAGAUGAUGGGGAUUAUAGAGUGGAGUUCCCAGAGAGUCGUGUGGUCGGGCAGGAAGAGAAGGAAGAGGAGGGAGAAGAGGAUGAUGAUAGGGAGCAAGGUGAUAAGGAAUUGAAGAGGAAAAAAGUUUAUGGAAUUGAAAUAUUAUGUGACUCUAGCAUUGGCAAAAUUGAGAAUAAUGAUGUUGACAUGGAUGAUUCUGUUUGUGUGGGAAAACGUACCCGAUCACAUUAUAAUUCAGAAUCUUCUAAGAAGAGAAUGAAGCUUGGAACAGUCAGCCAACCGCUUUGUGUUGAUGAGGAGGAGUUGGAUGAUAAUGGUGAUAAUGAUGAAGAUGAUAACGUCACCUAUGAAACUGGUGAUAUUGCUAAGAAAAUUCGGUCUAAGAAAGGGAAAACCGAAUCUAGGGGAGAGAGUGGUGGCGACGUUGAUAAUGGUAAUGAGACGUAUGAGUUUCACCGGAUAACUAGGUCUCAGAAAAGGAUAAUUGAUUCUAGAAAAGGGAGUAGAGAUGAGCAUCUGCAGGAUGUAUGUGGAAGGAAACCUAGUAAAAGAAAGCGAAUGCGUGUCUUAAAAGAACAUGAAUUUCUCAACAUUCUUGCAAAUCCCAUUGUUUUGGAGCAGGAAGAUUUGCCUUUCAAACAAAAAAGCGAACAACUCAAGAAGCCAGUUCUUCCUCUGAAGUUCACGUUUGGAAUUGAAGAACCAACUCCUCCAGUUAAAUCAGAAGAGGAGAAACAAUUGGAGGAACUUUGGGCUGACAUGGCCUCAGCUCUUCGUUCAAACGAUACCACUGAUGAUGCACCGCUGGAUGAAAAUGAAGAUGACGCUCUUGAGGUUGAACUUGAUACAGCCACCCUUUGUAGUCAGGGGAAUCAUGAGCUUUGGCUCGACGAUGAAAUUGGAUUUAUCUGCAAAAAUUGCUCUUCUGUGCCUUUGGAAAUCAAAUACUAUGUGCCCCCUUUUGAUACAUAUCCUCUGGGAAAAUCAUCCAGGAGAUACUUUGUCACAAUGCAACACAACAUCUUCAAUGACCUUCAUGAUCAAGAUUCUGGUCAUGACACACAUCCUGUUUAUGAUCCUUGCAUUCGAGAGCGAGGCACAGUGUGGAACUUAAUUCCUGGUAUUGGAAAGGGCUUGCAUGUACAUCAACGUAAAGGAAUUGAGUUUAUGUGGAAAAACAUAGGUGGGGGAAUUUAUCUUGACAAGUUGAAAGAGAAUACAAGCUUAACUGGUGGGACAGGAUGCAUUAUAUCCCAUGCUCCUGGGACUGGGAAAACCCGCCUGGCCAUAGUGUUUCUCCAGAUGUUUAUGGAAUUAUAUCCAACAAGCAGGCCCGUAAUAGUUGCUCCUUGCAGCAUGCUCCUUACAUGGGAGGCAGAGUUUUUAAAGUGGGGGGUUGACAUUCCCUUUCACAUUUUGAACAGCAAAGAACUUUCUGGAAAAGAAAAUAAGACAUUUGUGGAUGUUUUCAGGGGACUUAAGCCUGUAGAACGUGGUUCAAAUGCCAUCCGUUUGGUGAAACUAUAUUCUUGGAAAAACGAGAGGAGUAUCCUGGGAAUCAGUUACAGACUUUUUGAAGAACUUGUUGGUGAAGGAAGGAAUAAAAUCGAAGUAUCAGAUAAGACUGAAGUUGACCAGGUAAGGAAAUUGCUUCUCGAACUUCCUGGUCUUUUAGUCCUUGAUGAAGGACAUACACCUCGAAAUGACAAGAGUCUUAUCUGGAAAGCUUUGUCCAAGGUCCAAACACAAAAGCGGAUAAUACUCUCAGGAACACCCUUCCAAAAUAACUUCGACGAGCUUUAUAACACGCUGUGCUUGGUGAAGCCUAAAUUUGCAGACGAGAUCUCGUCUAAACUCCAUAGAGCUUUUCCUAAAAGGCGUGGUCGCAAGAGAAAUGUUGGCAGAGGGAAUUGGGCUUCCUUGACAUCUGCAAUUGGCAAAGCCAUCGCUGAUAAGCUGGAAGCUCAGAGGGUGGAAGAGCUUAGAAAGAUGAUUCAGAAAUUUGUGCAUGUACAUAAGGGUGGUGUGCUACGAGAAAGACUCCCUGGAUUGAGGGACUCUGUGGUUAUUUUACAGCCAGUCCAUUUGCAGAAGACCCUUCUUGAACAUGUUAAGCAAAUUAAUGGCGUGGAUCAUUUUGAGAUGGAAUAUUCGGUGUCUCUACUUUCUGUGCACCCUUCUCUGUUGCCAGAGAAAUCAGUUGGAAACCAAGAGUUUAAGUGUGUUGAUCAGAGGAAGUUAGAAAGGCUUAGAUCAAAACCCGAGGCUGGAGUAAAAACGAAAUUUCUUAUGGAACUCAUUUGGCUUUGCCAGGCGAGGAAUGAGAAAGUUCUGGUCUUCAGUCAAUAUCUUGAGCCACUGAACUUGGUAAUCAAGCAGCUUGAAUCUAAGUUCAAUUGGAUCCAAGGAGAAGAUGUGUUAUAUAUGCAUGGACAGCUUAAAGUCGACGAACGUCACACAUUGAUCAAGCAUUUUAACAAUGCAAAUAGUGAGGCAAAAGUGCUGCUCGCAUCAACUAAGGCUUGUUCUGAAGGGAUAAAUCUUGUCGGGGCUUCAAGGGUGGUUUUGCUUGAUGUUGUGUGGAACCCAUCAGUGGAAAGGCAAGCCAUAAGCCGUGCUUACAGGCUAGGGCAAGAGAAAGUGGUCUACGUUUACCAUCUUAUUACAUCAGGGACAAUGGAAGAGGAAAAGUACAUUCGCCAAGUUGAGAAAGAACGAUUGUCAGAUUUGGUGUUUGAUUGCACAAGCUGGAGCAGCAGUCACCAGAAGGUUGUGUUUGAUAUUGCAGAGAGCGAAAAGGACAAAAUUUUGGAAGAGAUGGUUCAGCGUGACAAGCUCAAACCCAUGUUUAAGAAGAUUGUCUACCAACCGAAAGAUACUAAUCUGGUCAAAUCUUUUGGCUUGGAUUUGUAG